UCAUUUUAUCAAAAAUUAAAUAUUAAUAUAAAUAUCAAUUGUUUUUUUUAAUAUAACAAAAAUACAGAUUUAAAAACAAUGUCUUCAUCGCUAUCAUCGCCACUAUUGGACUUUACGUUUAAGAUAUACAAACAGUUAGCCGCCGCCGAUGGCCAACAAAACGUAGUAUUUUCGCCCGUUUCCUUAUCGGCCGCCCUAUCGCUGGCACUGUUGGGCACCGGCAGUACAACUGGCCAACAGCUGGCCCUGGCGUUGUUUGGCAAAACUAUUGGCCACCACUCAGCCGCCGAUAGUGAAUAUGAAUCGCUGGCCAAACAAAUUGGUGAACUAUUUUCGGCAACAUUGGCCAACAAUUCGACAGCCGUCCAAAAUGCAAACCUUAUCUAUACGGACCAUAAAUUUACAGUUGAAGAGGAAUACAGGCGAUUAGUGACCAAAUAUUUGUCGGCAACGGCCCGACAAUUGGAUUUCAAAAGUCGGGAAGCAGUUCAGGUGAUCAACGCUGACAUCAGUAGUGCAACUAAUGGCAAAAUUCAGGAUAUCAUCCAAAGUAUCGACAAUAUGACGGUCGCUAUACUGGCCAAUGCCCUCUACUUCAAAGGUGUCUGGAAAUCGCAGUUUAAUAAAGACCUGACAUUUACGGACAAGUUUACGACCGCCUCGGGCAACAAAAUCGAUGUCCAGAUGAUGUAUCAGCACUACUAUCAGCGAUUGCCGUUCGGCUAUAGUCAACGAUUGAAGACCCGAGCCGUUGAACUGGACUAUAGUAAUUGUGAGGCCACUAUGUUGUUGCUAUUGCCCGACGACGAUAAGGAGGACAACCAGACAUUAGGACAGUUGGUUAGUCAGUUGAAUGCCGAAACACUCAACGAACUGGUAGCUGGUAUGCGCCGUAUUGAAGUAGAUCUGUAUUUACCGAAAUUUAAAGUGGAAUCUAGUCAUCAGCUAAUACCGGCGCUAAACAAAUCGGGAAUUACCGAAAUGUUUGACCAGAGCGGUGCAGCCGACUUUAGCCGACUAUCGGCCAAUGGUGGUGUCUAUAUAUCUCAAGUCUACCAGAAAGUAGUUAUCGAUAUGUCCGAAGAGGGUACGGAAGCAGCGGCCGCUACAGUCAUUGUGGCCAACUGUAUGUCAAUGCCUAGGAUGGAGACGUUCAAAGCCGAUCGGCCAUUCCUGUAUCUAUUGGUCACCAAAUCGGCUGGCGAUGACAACAACCAGAUAUCGUCGAUACUGUUUAUGGGUGAAUGCAAUGAUCCCAGUGCUUAAAAACUACCGGUGUAUAUAUACCACCACUACUACUACUACUACACUAUAUUACUAUUAGA